AUGGAGACACUUUUCUUCAUUAUUGCUCUUCAUGUGUCAGGAUUCACAGUUCUGGCACGACCUCAAGCUAAAAAUGUGGCAUUGUAUGGAAAGGCCACACAAUCAGACCUAAUUGACAACUCAUGGUCAGGGUACAGUGAUGCCCACAAUGCCAUUGAUGGAAAUCGUGACUCACAUUUUCAUCAUGGAUCCUGCACUGCUACUGAUAGACAAACGAAUCCCUGGUGGAGGGUUGAUCUUUUGAGCCCGUACAUAAUCACCUCUGUCGUCAUCACCAACAGAGGAGACUGCUGCUCUGAGGAACUAAACAGGGCUCAGAUUCAUAUUGGCAACUCCCUGCUGGACAAUGGCAAUAGCAAUCCAUUGGCAGGGGUCAUAUCCUCCAUCCCAGCUGGCAGAUCCCUUACCCUCAGAUGGGAUAAUGGGAAUGCGGAGAUACAGGUCUUCAACAAACUCCACCACUCCACACAUGGGAAUGAUGCAUAUUAUUUGGUAGUAGAUAAUUUGGUGUUCUUUCAUUGUUUCCAUGCAGGUGAGAAUGUGGCUUUAAAAGGGAAAGCAACGCAGUCAGAUCUUUAUGGAAAUGGAUUUGCAAACAAUGCCAUUGAUGGAAAUCGUGACGGCAUAGAUGGUCAUGGUUCCUGUACUCACACAGAAGCUCAUCUCAACCCUUGGUGGAGAGUGGAUUUGCUCCAAAAUCAUAAAGUCUUCUCUGUGGUAAUCACCAACACUGUGGAUAACAUUCCCAGUAGACUGAAUGGAGCUGAAAUACGAAUAGGAAAUUCUUUGGAGCAGAAUGGUAUCAACAACCCCAGAUGUGCAGUGAUCUCCUCUAUUCCUGCUGGAUUCUCUGAGACCUUUGAAUGUCAUGGGAUGGAGGGACGCUAUGUUACCGUGGUGAUUCCUGGACGUACAGAGUAUCUAAUACUCUGUGAAGUGGAGGUAUAUGGAUCACCACUGGACUAA